UUUGCCCAUCCGUGAAGUGGACGUGGAAGCCGUCCCUUCCCUGCCGACUGCAGGAGUGGCCUCGCUGGACCACACCAGCCUGUCUUUGUGCCCUGGUGCCAAACGCCCAGCCACCCACCUCCCUCGCCUUUGGCUUCCGGGGUCCCCACAGGCCUUCCUGGGCCUCCCACUUGAAGCUUCUCAAGGGCUCUUGUUGUCCUUGGCAGCUGAGUGGAGGCUGACAGCCCAGCUGUGCCCACUCUUGGGACACCUUGCAGUCUGUAGGGGGACGUCCUGACCUGGGAGAGUCCUGUUUAGCAAGGAGAGGGGCUAGAGGGCUCAACAUGGCCCAGGGACACCCGGCUUGGCUCCUGCUGGUGUGGGUGGCGCUGUCCUGCGUGGCAGGUGGCCAGGGCCACUGGGACAGGGCUGUGGGGCCUGCAGGAGUUGGACGUGUGCGGAGGCGAGGCAGCCCCGGCAUCCUGCAGGGACCGCACGUGUGUGGCCCUCGCUUCCAUGCCUACUGCUGCCCCGGAUGGAGGACACUGCCCGGCGGGAACCAGUGUGUUGUGCCCAUCUGUGACCACGGCUGCCACAACGGGGGGCGCUGCAUCGGGCCCAACCACUGCGCCUGUGCAUACGGCUUCCUGGGUCCUCAGUGCGAGAGAGACUACCGGACAGGGCCCUGCUUUAGCCAGGGCCCCCCUGAGGGGUGUCGGCAUCAGCUCACCGGUCUCAUCUGCACCAGAGAGCUGUGCUGUGCCACCGUGGGCCAGGCCUGGGGUCUCCCUUGCCAGCUCUGCCCUCCACAACCACACCCCUGCCGCCGUGGCUUCCUCCUCAAUAUCCACACAGGGGCCUGCCAAGAUGUGGAUGAGUGCCAGGCCCUCCCUGGGCUGUGCCAGGGUGGCAGCUGCAUCAGCACUGUGGGCUCCUUCGAGUGUCACUGCCCGCCUGGACACCAGCUCAGUGGCAUGAAGUGUGAAGAUCUGGACGAGUGUCUCAGCAUCCCGGGCCUCUGCUUCGGGGGCGACUGCACCAACACAGUCGGGAGCUACGUGUGCACCUGUCCCACAGGCCUCACCAGCAGCCUGGACGGCACCCACUGCCUGGACCUCCGAGGUGGCACCUGCUUCUCAGUCCUAUUUGGGGGUCGCUGUGCUGCAGACCUCGCUGGCCACUACACUCGCAGGCAGUGCUGCUGCACUGGGGGCAAGUGCUGGGCAGCUGGCUCCGCCCCAGAACUGUGUCCAGACAGAGGGUCUGAUGAAUUCCAGCGGCUGUGUGUCCAGGGGCUGCUGCCGUGGCUGCCGCUGUCUUCCCAUGCGAGCCAUUUCCCUGGUUUCCCAGGCUUCCGGUCCAACAGCAGGGGUCCUGCCCUGGGGCCUGCAAGACAUGGCCCCUAUGGAUCCAGUGGGCGUGGAGUCCCCCGCCUGGGCCCUGUUAAUUCCCACAUGGCCCUGUCUGCAGGCUCAGCAACCUUGAACCAGACCGUGGAUGUCUGCCGGCACUCCCCCAGCCUGUGCCUCCAUGGCCGCUGUGUGCCCACCCCUUCCGGCUACCACUGCGAGUGCGGUGUGGGUUAUGCCCAGGACGUGUGGAGCGAGUGCAUCGACAUUGACGAGUGCACCAGCAACCCCUGCCACCAAGGCGACUGCAUCAACACCCCUGGCUCCUACCAGUGCCGCUGCCACCAGGGCUUUCAGGCCACACUCACGAGGCCGGCAUGUGUGGAUGUGGAUGAAUGUGUCUCCAGCGGUGGCCUCUGCCGCCUGGGCCACUGUGUCAACACAGAGGGCAGUUUCCGAUGUGUGUGCAGCACAGGCUUCGAGCUGAGUCCAGACAGCAGGAACUGCGUGGACAUGGACGAGUGUGCCCGCAACUCCUCCCUGUGUGACAACGGGCGAUGCCGAAACAGCCCUGGCAGCUACUCCUGCUCCUGCCUCGAGGGCUUCAGCUUCAGGCAGGAUACCAAGACGUGUGAAGACAUCGACGAGUGUGUGUCCAGUCCGUGUGUGAAUGGUGUGUGCCGGAACCUGGCGGGCUCCUACUCCUGCGCAUGCGCCCCGGGGAGCCGGCUGGGGCCCUCUGGAACCGUGUGCAUAGAUAGCACCAAGGGGACCUGCUGGCUGCAGAUUCAGGACGGGCACUGCGAGGUGAUCCUCCAGGGAGCUUCUCUGCGGUCGGAGUGCUGCGCCACUCUGGGGGCCGCCUGGGGGAGCCCCUGCCAGCGCUGCAACCUGGACCCCGUGUGUGCACGUGGCUUCACCCGCACGAAGGGUGUCACCUGCGAAGAUGUGAACGAGUGCGAGUCCUUCCCGGACGUGUGUCAGAGCGGGCGCUGCGUCAACACCGAUGGCUCCUUUCGCUGCGAGUGCCCCCCCGGGCUGGCGCUGGACACCUCGGGCAGGCUGUGUGUGGACAUGAGGCUGGAGCUGUGCUUCCUGCAGUGGGACGGGGGUGUCUGUGGGGGCCCCCUGCCCGGCACCCACCAGAUGGACGUCUGCUGCUGCUCCGUGGGUGCUGCAUGGGGAGCCACAUGCAAGAUGUGCCCAGAGCCCGGCUCCCUGGAGUUCACCCGCCUGUGUCCCCGAGGGCCCGGCUUCUCUGGCCAUGACAUCCUGUCAGGCCGGCCCCUUUACCAAGGUGCUGCCAAGCAGGGGCCCUACAACCAGUGCCCUGGGAGGGCAGGGAGACCGGGGAGGAGCAGAGCAGGUGAGAAGGGGGAAGGCAGGCUCAGGAGAGCCCACUGGGCUCCGGGCAAACCCAACUCCUGUGCCGCAGAUGUGAACGAGUGCAGGGCGUUCCCAGGGCUCUGCACCCAUGGCACCUGCCGCAACUCAGUGGGCAGCUUCCGCUGCUCCUGUGCCAGCGGCUUCGCCUUGGAUGCCCAGGAGAGGAGCUGCACUGACAUUGAUGAGUGUCGCAUCUCCCCUGACCUCUGCGGGCAGGGCACCUGCAUCAACACCCCGGGCGGCUUCAAGUGCCAGUGCUUCCGUGGCUAUGCCAGCGGCCCCCUGCAGAUGAGGAGCUGUGUGGACGUGGACGAGUGUGCAAGGGACUCACUACUCUGCCGGGGAGGCACCUGCACCAACACAGAUGGGAGCUACGUGUGCCACUGUCCCCCUGGCCACGAGCUGACGGCCCAGGGCACUGCCUGUGAGGACGUGGACGAGUGCUCCCUGAGCAGCAGCCUGUGUCUGCAUGGCCGGUGCGUCAACGUCCUCGGUGCCUUCCAGUGCUCCUGUCACACCGGCUUCCAGGUUGCGCCUGACGGCAGGGCCUGCGUGGACACUGAUGAAUGUCAAGUCCGAAACGGUGGCUGUGCGGUGCAAUGCGUUAACACGGAGGGCAGCUUCUGGUGCGGCUGUGGGCGGGGCUACGCGCUGCUGCCCGACGGGAGGGCGUGCGCAGAUGUGGAUGAGUGUGAAGACAAGCCGGACAUCUGUGGCCCGGGGCAGUGUAGCAACGUGCCAGGAGGUCACCACUGCCUGUGCUACGGUGGCUUCGCGGCCACACCAGACCUGAAGCUGUGUGUCGAUGUCAAUGAGUGUGAGCUGAACCCACACAUCUGUCUCCAUGGCAACUGUGAGAACACAGCUGGAUCCUUUGUCUGCCACUGCCAGUUAGGCUAUGUCACCGAGAAGGGGGCCGUAGGCUGCUUGGAUGUGGAUGAAUGUGAACUUGGGAGACACAACUGUGACAGCCACGCCACCUGCUUCAAUUUCCCCGGGAGCUUCAGCUGCAGGUGCCAACUAGGCUGGGUAGGGGAUGGCUUCGAAUGUGAGGACCUGGAUGAGUGUGUUGGUCAGGGCCAUCGGUGCAGUCUGAGUGCGGACUGCAUCAAUGUCCCCGGCUCCUACGGCUGUACCUGUCACCAGGGAUUCUCCGGGGACGGCUUCUCCUGUGAAGACAGGGACGAAUGUGCCGAGGACAUGGCCCUCUGUAACAACGGGCAGUGCCUCAAUGUCCUUGGUGGGUACCGCUGCGAAUGUGAGAUGGGCUUCGGCCCCACUGAAGACCACGGAGGAUGCCAGGAUGUGGACGAGUGUGCUCUCGGGAACGUCUGCGCCUUUGGGAGCUGCCAGAACCUGCCUGGGCUGUUCCGCUGCACAUGCGCAGAUGGCUACGAACUCGACCACGGGGGCGGCAACUGCACAGACGUGGACGAGUGUGCAGACCCCACGAAGUGCAUCAGCGGCCUCUGCAUCAACACCCCUGGGAGCUACCUCUGCCGCUGCCCCCAGGACUUCGAGCUGAACCCCAGCGGGGUGGGCUGCGUGGACCCCCGGGCCGGGAGCUGCUUCCUGGACACGCACAACCGUGGGGACGGCGGCCUCUCCUGUGGCGCAGAGGUCGGAGUUGGCGUCACCCGAGCCUCCUGCUGCUGCUCCCUGGGCCGGGCUUGGGGCCGUCCCUGUGAGCUGUGCCCUGUGGCCAACUCCACUGAGUACAGAACUUUGUGCCCAGGAGGUGAAGGCUUCCAUCCCAACCCCACCACUGUCAUCCUGGAAGAUAUUGAUGAGUGCCGGGAGCUGCCAGGGCUGUGCCAGGGAGGCAGGUGUGUCAACACCUUUGGCAGCUUGCAGUGUGAGUGCCCACCUGGAUACCGCCUCCAUCAGGACACCCGCGUCUGUGAGGAUGUCGACGAAUGCUCUGCACACGCGGGCAUCUGCGGCCCUGGCACGUGCCACAACACCCUGGGGAGCUACUCCUGCGUCUGCCCCGCGGAGUUCCUGCAGGUCGACGCGGGCAACCACUGCGUGGACGUGAGAAAGAGCCUUUGCUUCCGGCACUAUAAUGGCACCUGUGGGAAUGAGCUGGCCUUCAACGUGACCCGGAAGACGUGCUGCUGCGCCUACGACAUUGGCCGGGCCUGGAGUCGGCCCUGCGAGGCCUGCCCUCUCCCCGGCAGCCCCGACUUCCAGGUCCUGUGUGGGAAUCAGGUCCCGGGCUUCACUGUCGAUGUCCACACGGGGAAGCCCACAGACAUUGACGAGUGUGGGGAGAUCCCGGCCCUGUGCACACACGGCGUCUGCAUCAACCAGAUUGGAAGCUUCCGCUGCGAGUGCCCCUUGGGCUUCAAGUACCACAGCGCCUUGCUGGCCUGCAAAGAUGUGGACGAGUGUGCCGGCAGGGAGAGGGCCUGCCACAGGAACGAAGAGUGUGUCAACAUCCCAGGCAGCUACCGCUGCCAGUGUGCCCGGGGGUUCAGGCUGUCACCCAGUGGGACCUGCAUGGGUCGGAAUGAAUGUGAGGAAAUCCCCAACGUCUGCAGCCAUGGCGACUGCGUGGACACCGAGGGCAGCUACGUGUGCCUGUGUCACCGCGGCUUCCGGGCCUCCGCAGAUGGGACCCUGUGUGUGGACCUCAACGAGUGUGAGCAGUGGCCGUGUGGAAACGGCGCCUGCAAGAACGUCGCGGGCUCCUACACCUGCCUCUGCGCCCCCGGCUUCGCAGCAACGCUCAGCGGGAACUGUGUGGAUGUGGAUGAGUGUCGCAUCAUGUCAGGGCAGGUGUGCCAAAUGGGACAGUGCCACAACACAGCCGGCUCCUUCCUCUGUCUCUGCCGGGGUGGCUUUGAGCUUGCAGCCGAUGGGAAGAACUGCGUGGAUACAAACGAGUGUCUCACACUCAAGGACACCUGCCUGCCAGGCACUUGCCAGAACCUGGAGGGAUCCUUCCGCUGCAUCUGCCCCCCUGGCUUCCAGGUGCAGAGCAACCACUGCGUAGACAUCAACGAAUGCUUAGAGGAGCCUAGCCUCUGCUUGUUUGGCACAUGUAACAACAGUCCCGGGAGCUUCCAGUGUCUCUGCCCGCCUGGCUUUGUUCCUUCUGACCGUGGACACCGUUGCUUUGACGCACGGCAGAGUUUCUGCUUCACUCGAUUUGAGGCCGGGAAGUGCUCCGCGCCGAAAGCUUUCAACGUCACCAAGAGCCGGUGCUGCUGCAGCAAGAGGCCCGGGGAGGGCUGGGGCGACCCCUGCGAGCUGUGUCCUCGGGAGGGCAGCGCUGCUUUUCAAGAGCUCUGCCCCUUCGGCCACGGGGCCGUCCCAGGCCAGGGCAACUCCAGAGAAGAUGUGGACGAGUGCGCCGAGAGCCCCGGCGUCUGCCGCCCUGGCCUCUGUGUCAACACCGACGGCUCCUUCCGCUGCGAGUGUCCCUCUGGCUACAGCCUGGACCCUACGGGGAUCGGCUGUGUGGACACAGACGAAUGCUCCAUGGGGAAGCCCUGUGGGGAAGGCACGUGCACCAAUGUCAUCGGGGGCUUCGAAUGUGCCUGCGUCGAUGGCUUUGAGCCUGGCCCCAUGGCCACCUGUGAGGACAUCGAUGAGUGCUCCCUGAACCCGCUGCUCUGCGCUUUCCGCUGCCGCAACACCGAGGGCUCCUACGUGUGCACCUGCCCGGCUGGCUAUGCCCUGCGGGAGGAUGGAGCCAUGUGCCGCGACGUGGACGAGUGUGCAGACAGAUCACAGGACUGCCACGCCCGAGGCAUGCUGUGCAAGAACCUCAUUGGCACCUUCACGUGCGUCUGCCCUGAGGGCAUGCAGCCGCAGCCCGGCUCCGGGGAGGGCUGUACAGAUGAAGAUGAAUGCUACAGCCAGCCCGGCGUCUGUACCCACGGCCAAUGCAUCAACACCAUGGGCAGCUUCCAGUGCAGCUGUCACAAGGGCUUCCAGCCCAGCCCGACCCUCACCGAGUGCCAUGAUGUCCGGCAGGGGCCCUGCUUCUCCGAGGUGCUGCAGGCUGUGUGCCUGGUCCACUGGAGCAGCGGCGAGGCUGUGACUAGGGCCACGUGCUGCUGCGGGGGUGGCCGGGGCUGGGGGCCCAACUGUGAGCUCUGCCCCCUGCCUGGCACCUCUGCCUACAAGAAGCUGUGUCCCCACGGCAUGGGGUACUCCGCUGAGGGACGAGAUGUGGACGAGUGCCGUGUGCUUGCCCACCUGUGCUCCCACGGCGAGUGCAUCAACAGCAUUGGCUCCUUCCGUUGCCACUGCCAGGCUGGGUACACACCGGAUGCCACUGCCACUGCCUGCCUGGAUGUGGACGAGUGCGGCCAGGACCCCAAGCCGUGUGCCUUCCUCUGCCAAAACACCGAGGGCAGCUUCCUCUGCACCUGCCCGCGGGGCUACCUACUGGCGGAAGAUGGCAGGACCUGCAAAGACGUGGAUGAGUGCUCUGCCCGGCAGCACAAUUGCCAGUUCCUGUGCAUCAACACCAUUGGUGCCUUUGCCUGCCGCUGUCCCCCGGGCUUCACUCAGCGCCACCAGGCCUGCUUCGACAACAACGAGUGCUUGGCCCAGCCCAGCCCAUGUGGUGCCCAUGGACACUGCCUCAAUGUCCCAGGCAGCUUCCGCUGUGAGUGCUACCAAGGCUUCACUCUGGACGGCUCAGGCCAGGGCUGCAAAGAUGUGGAUGAGUGUGACGGACCCCAUCGCUGCCGCCAUGGCUGUCAGAAUGAGGUGGGGGGCUACCGCUGCAGCUGCCCCCACGGCUUCACCCAGCACUCCCAGUGGGCACAGUGUGUAGAUGAGAACGAGUGUGCUGUGUCACCCACGGCCUGCGGUAGUGCCUCCUGCCACAACACCCUUGGGGGUUUCCAUUGUGUCUGCCCCUCUGGCUUUGAUUUUGACGAGGCCCUCGGGGGCUGCCAGGAUGUGGAUGAGUGCACUGGACAGAGCGGCCCCUGCAGCUACGGCUGUGCCAACACUGCCGGUGGCUUUCUGUGCAGCUGCCCCCGAGGCUACUUCCGGGCUGGGCAAGGGCACUGUGUCUCUGCCCUGGGCUUCAGCCCUGAACCUCAGGAAGCCCCAGAUGAGGAGCCGCUCUCCCCAGAAGCUUGCUAUGAAUGCAAGAUCAACAGCCUCACCCCUCAGGACCGGCCACGGCGCAGUGCCCGCAGGAGCCACCAGGUCAGCAUGGCCACCCUCGAUGCUGAAGUCCCCCUGACCUUGGGCCUCAACCUCUCGUGCCUGAGUCAAGCUGAGCACAUCUUGGAGCUGCGGCCAGCUCUGCAGGGGCUGGGAGGCCAAGUCCAAUAUGUCAUCGCCCGUGGCAACAGGCAAAGCUUCUUCCGCAUGCAGCACCGCAGCGGCCUCAGCUCCCUGCAGCUAGGGCGGCGGAGGCCGCAGCCUGGAAGGUACCAGCUGGAAGUGCUGAGUGUGGCAGGGGCCCGGAGCAUCUGGCAGGGACCCAAGGGCCGGGCCUUGCGGCUGAAGGUGCAAUUGCAACUCCUCUAGUUGGGAGGAGCCUCGAUGGGUCCCAGAACUCCAGCACCAGCAGAUUCUGGAACUUGGGGGACUGCUCCUCAGCAGCAACAAUGACCAGGUGAAACCCCACAACUCAGGAAGAGUGGCAUGCUACACUAUGACCUCAGACAAGCCCCGCCUGUGCCCACACCCUCUGCGGCAGCCCCGGGAACCCCAACACUCAUAUUUCCUGGAGACAUCUAAACGCUGCGUGCUGCCACCCCCACGCCGGGCCGGCAGGGGUCCCCCUGGUCUUGGCCUCUGGUCAAUCUCAGGCUUAAGCUUCUGUACUGCGCUGUAGCCCCCGCCCUCCACCAGGGCUGGCAGGACAUCGGGCAGGUGGCUGGGUGGGUGAGGGGCCUGUCCCUCAGAACUGAAAAGGGAACCCCAACCCCCCUCCCCAGUGUCCGUGACUCAUUGCGACCUGCUCACUCCUGUGGGUCCUGGGCUGGGGAUCCGAGGGUGCUUUUAUAUCCCAAGUGGA